AUGGAGAUUGGUUGGCCUACUGACGUCCAGCAUGUUAAUCAUGUCACAUUUGAUAGGUUUGAUGGGUUCUUGGGUUUGCCUGUUGAGUUCGAGCCUGAGGUACCAAGGAGGGCCCCUAGUGCUAGUGCCACAGUUUUUGGAGUUUCUACUCAAUCAAUGCAGCUAUCUUAUGACCUCAGAGGCAAUAGCAUUCCGACUAUUCUCUUACUUAUGCAGAGGCAUUUGUACUGCCAAGGUGGCCUUCAGGCUGAAGGGAUUUUCAGAAUAACAGCAGGAAACAGCCAGGAGGAGUUUGUGCGGGACCAACUGAACAGAGGAGUGGUUCCUGAAGGCAUUGAUGUCCACUGUUUAGCCGGCCUAAUAAAGGCUUGGUUUAGAGAGCUGCCAAGGGGGGUGCUCGACUCCCUGUCGGCCGAGCAGGUUAUGCAGUGCUCGUCAGAGGAGGAUUGUGAAGCCCUCGUGGGGCUUCUGCCUCCAACCGAGGCAGCUCUGCUCGAUUGGGCUGUCAACCUCAUGGCUGAUGUGGUCCAGGAGGAGCACCUCAACAAGAUGAACGCUCGAAACAUAGCUAUGGUCUUCGCCCCCAACAUGACCCAGAUGGUGGACCCACUCACUGCAUUGAUGCAUGCUGUCCAAGUAAUGAACUUCCUCAAGACCCUAAUCGAGAAAACCCUACGCGAAAGAGAGGAUUCCAUCAAAGACCCACCGAUCUCCAUCACGGAGGAGCCUUCUGAUGACAAUGGCAACCACCACAACUUAUUUCCCCAACUUCAUCAACAAAAUCCAGACGAGACGAAUGACGAUUCUACUCACCCCUAUUUAGUGGAGGAUCCAUGCUCCGAUUUCGAGUCCGAAACCAAGCAGUUUAUUAACAGCACUGAUGAGGAUUGCUGCUAUCUUAGUUACUCGACUUCUAGUGAGGAAUCUGACGAGAGUGUCUCGUGUGGGACCUCCCCGGGUCAAGCUAACACUGUCAGAUUGUCCGUUCAAACGAAACCCGAAUUGAAAACUGAUGGCGAUUUAGGUAGUUCGAAAAUUGAUCACGUGGGAAAGGGAGUUAGCAACCUGAGUCGUAUAAAUUCGAGGACCGAAAGGUGCGAGGCCUGGCGCUGA